CUGCGCAACACGCAUUGUUAUCAUACAUUUCCAUCGCAUAACAUCCACAUCGUUUGCCAUUUCUAUCCCGCACAGCUCGCGCGGACGCUAAAUGGCAUUGUAGAACACAGCUCCAGGUCCGGGUUCGAGCGAUUGUACUGACUCGUGGGAAGUAACGCCCCGCAACUUGCUGGCACUUGCGCGCCAGUGGGCCGGAUGCAUGACUGGCCACUGCAGGCAAGACUGCGUAGGCGACUCGGACAUCCAUGCCAGAGGAAGCCGUUGGACUUCCGCAGCAUAGCCCGUCGCGUCGAACCCGUGAGUUGCGCCAGGUGCAAGUGCCUCGUUGGAUGGCUUCAAUUCAGGCUGCCAAGGACGAAUGGGCUCUAUGUCCUGGCGAGACACAUGAAUUGGCGUCGUAUCGCGUGGGGCGACGGGCAUCGGCUGCUCAGGGAAGGCGACAUGGGCAGUCCACGGCCUUUUCAGGUCGCGGAACGGAUUGGUCGACGCAGGCCUCGGGAUCGGGACUGUCGUAUGUGCGUCCAGGCCGUCAUACGCCACGGCGUACUCGAGAUUCGCAGCUGCGCUCUUCCUGUUCGGUUGACGGAACGGGUUGUUGGACGCCCUCCGCUGAGCCAGCGGCACGAAAGGCGUGUUCUGCCCCGCGUACUCCGCGUACGCACUCUGCUCGGGCCAAUGCAGCGUCGCGGGGCUCGGCGACAGGCGCGCCGGUGGGACGGGCGAGAUAGUGGAGAACCUGUUUCCAGCGAGGACGGCGGCCGUCGCGCUGCCGCUCAUGUCCCAUGCGGCCCCGUCGCUAUAAUUGCUGAGACGGGAGGGGAAAUUGUCUUGCCGAACUGUGAGCCCUGCGUGGCCAAUUGUCGCGAAGUAGUCCGGGUAUGCAGUGUCCGGAUCUGGGGCGUAUGAUGUGCAGCGAUGACCUUCGAGAGGUCGGGAAUUGAGUCGCGGUCGCCGGCGCACAUGAUGGUUGGCGACGUGAGGUCGGCGUGCGACUGACCUGCGGUGGGAUUCGACACCACGGACUCUCUGGA